AUGGGACCACAGAGGAGAUUGGGAAUAUAUGUCGGGUAUUCGUCCCCUAGUAUAAUAAGGUAUCUUGAACCGGCAACUGGUGAUAUGUUUACGGCACAAUUUGCCGAUAGCCACUUUGAUGAAAAUGAAUUCCCUGCGUUAGGGGGAGGGUCGAGAGAAUCACCAAAUGAUAUCACCAAAUGGUGUACACACUCUUUGGCUUAUCUUGAUCCUCCUUCUAAUCAACGCGAGGUGGAAGUUCAGAAAAUUAUACAUAUGCAAAGAUUGGCUAACCAGUUGCCCGAUGCGUUCACAGAUACGAAAAGGGUGACGAAGUCCUAUAUCCCCGCUGCUAAUGCUCCAUCAAAAAUAGAAGUUCCUCAUGAACAUUUUGAUGUGAAUAGAGCAAGUGAACCGGUUCAAUUAAAGCGCGGGAGGCUAUAG